GUGCGGCUGGGUAGCCUGGCGCGCGGUGUCCGCAGUCUGAGGUCUGCCGCCCGCGGCAGCGCAGGGCAGCGGGGCAGAGCGCGGCUCCCGCCCGCCCGCCCGGUGCGCCGGAGCUGGGACCAGCGACUGGACGCGACGGGCCGGCAGGCCCGCACCGCCUGGCCGCCGCGAUGUGCGACUGCUUCCACAUGGUGCUGCCUACCUGGCCCGGAACCCCCGGCAGCGUGUCUGGCCGACAGCUGCAGCCCAGGGAGCCAGAUGCAGAAACUGAAGAUGACCACUCUGUGACUGAAGGGCCUGCAGAUGAGGUCAUUCGACCACGGCCACAGGGGUCCUCACCUGUCUACGAAUACACGACUGAGGCUGCUGACUUUGGACUCCAGGAAGACGCUCCCGGCAGGCAAGGUUCCGCUGGGAGACGGAGAUCCUGGUGGAAGCGGGAUUCAGGGGACUCACGGACAUUUUUCAGGAUGAGUCGUCCAGAGUCCAUGCAGGAGGCAACAGAGGUGACGCUGAAGACAGAGGUGGAGGCGGGAGCCAGUGGCUACAGUGUCACAGGCGGUGGGGACAAGGGGAUCUUUGUCAAGCAAGUGCUGAAGGACUCCUCAGCUGCCAAGCUUUUCAACUUGAGAGAAGGGGAUCAGCUGCUCAGUGCAACCGUGUUCUUUGACAACAUAAAAUAUGAAGAUGCUCUCAAAAUCCUUCAGUACUCAGAGCCUUACAGGGUUCAGUUCAAAAUCAGACGGCAGCUCCCUGCUCCACAGGAUGAAGAGUGGGCCUCCAGCGAUGCCCAGCAUGGCCCACAGGGCAAGGAGAAGGAGGACACGGAUGUCGCUGAUGGAUGCAGAGAGACCCCCACGAAAACUCUGGAAGGAGAUGGGGACCAAGAGAGACUCAUCUCCAAACCCAGGGUGGGGAGAGGCAGGCAGACCCAGAGGGAGAGGCUCUCUUGGCCAAAAUUUCAAUCCAUAAAGAGCAAGCGGGGGCCGGGACCCCAGAGGUCACACAGCUCGUCAGAGGCCUACGAGCCCAGGGACGCACAUGACGUGUCCCCUACAAGCACAGACACAGAGGCCCAGCUCGCAGUGGAGCGCCAAGAGCAGAAGGCAGGGCCGGGCAGCCAGAGGAGGCGGAAGUUCCUCAACCUGAGAUUCAGGACAGGCUCGGGACAGGGCCCUUCAUCAACAGGAGAGCCAGGCAGGGGGUCCCAGAGAGGGGUGGGCCGUGCUGGGGUCCUGGAAGAGUUGGGGCCCUGGGGUGAUAGCCUUGAGGACACUGGGGCUGCCACAGGCAGCAGGAGAGAGGAGAGGGCAGAACAGGAUCGAGAAGUGACACAGUUGCCCACAGAGCUGGGUGACCCUAGAGCUUGUGAGGGAACCCCUGAGGAAGGGGGACUCAGGGCAGCCAGGUUCCACAGAAAGACCCUGGAGGGGCAGGCACAGGAGACAGCAGUGGCCCAGAGGAAGCCCAGGGUCCAGCCAACUCCUGGAAUGAGCUGGGAGGGUGAAGGUGAGGGACUGCAGAGCCUGGAAAUUGGGAUCGCCAGACUGUCCUUGAGAGACACAACUGAAGGAGGCACACAGAUCGGCCCACCCAAAAUUAGGGUGCGAGUACACGAUUUAAAGACACCAAAAUUUGCAUUUUCCACCGAAAAAGAGCCAGAAAGAGAAAGGCGCAUUAGUGCCCCACAGCGAGGGAAAGGACAGGACCUGUACUCAAAAGUGGGUACUGGCCUCAAUGUUGAGGAGGUGGAAGGAGCAGGGUGGGAACCAGGCAGGGAACUAGCCACACAUGCAGAAGCACAAGACGGUGAAGGAGAUGGAGAAGGACUACAGAGGACAAGGAUCACCCAGGAACAGGACAAGGUCGGGGAAGACAGAGAAGGACAGAUGAGAAUGCCCAAGUUCAAGAUACCAUCCUUAGGAUGGUCGCCAAGCAAGCAGGCAAAGACAGGGAGAGAAAAAGCCACACAAGACACAGAGCAGGAAAGGGCAGGACAGGCCAUAGCAACAGCCGACAGAAGAGAACAGGGAGGCAUGGAGGCCGGACUAAAAGAUAAGGAAGAUAGAGACUCAAUGACAAACGAAACAAAAUUACAAUUAACACAUGACCAAAAACCCUUGAAAAAGGAACAAAUUCUGAAAGAAAAGGAUGUGGCCACCAAAGACAGCAAGUUCAAAAUGCCCAAGUUCAAGAUGCCAUCCUUCGGGAUGUCGGCCCCAGGCAAGUCCAUCGAGGCCUCGGUGGACAUGUCUGUGCCAAAGAUGGAGGCCGACGUGAGCCUCCCCUCCAUGCAGGGGGAUCUCAAGACCACUGACCUCAGCAUUCAGCCCCCUUCCGCUGACCUGGAGGUCCAGGCUGUCCAGGUGGAUGUUACGCUCCCGGAGGGCCACCUGCCCGAGGAAGCCGGCCUCAAAGGGCACCUGCCCAAGGUGGAGAUGCCCAGUUUGAAGAUGCCCAAAGUAGACCUCAAAGGCCCCCAGGUGGAUAUCAAGGGCCCCACGCUGGACCUGAAGUACCCCAAGGCGGAGGUGACGGCCCCCGACGUGGAGGUGUCUCUCCCCAACAUGGAGGUGGACAUCCAGACCCCAGGAGUCAAGCUGGAUGCUGUGCGGCUGGAGGGGGACCUAUCCCUGGCCGACAAGGGCGUGACCACCAAAGACAGCAAGUUCAAAAUGCCCAAGUUCAAGAUGCCAUCCUUUGGGGUGUCGGCCCCAGGCAAGUCCCUGGAGGCCUCGGUGGACGUGUCUGUGCCAAAGAUGGAGGCCGACGUGAGCCUCCCUUCCAUGCAGGGGGACCUCAAGACCACUGACCUCAGCAUUGAGCCCCCAUCAUCUGCUGAGCUGGAGGUCAGGCUUCAGGUGGACGUGAAGCUCCCGGAGGGUCACGUGCCAGGAGCUAGCCUCAAGGGGCACCUGCCCAAGGUGCAGAUGCCCAGUUUCAAAAGAUGCCCAAAGUGGACGUCAAGGUCCCAGCUGGACCUGAAGGCCCCAGGCGAGGUGAUGACCCCUGACGUGGAUGUGUCUCUGCCCAGCGUGGUGGACAUCCAGGCCCAGAGCCAAGCUGGACUGCGGCUGGAGGGAACUGUCCUGGCUGACAAGGAUGUGACUGCGAAAGACAGCAAGUUCAAAAUGCCCAAGUUCAAGAUACCUUCUUUCGGAGUGUCAUUCCCAGGCAAGUCAUUGAGGCCUCGGUGGACGUGUCUGCACGAGGUGGAGGCCGGCGUGAGCCUCAUCUCCAUGCAGGGUCUCAAGACCACGAGACAAAAGCUUCAGCCCCCUUCUGCUGACCUGGAAGUCCAGGCUGGCCAAGUGGACAUGGCCAGCUCCCAGAGAGCCCACCUGCCGAGCCGAGGCGUCAAGCACCUGCCCAAGGUGGAGAUGCCCAGUUUCAAGAUGCCCAAAGUGGACCUCAAGGGCCCCAGGUGCCAUCAAGGGCCCCAAGCUGGACCUGAAAGGCCCCAAAGGCGAGUGACGGCCCCUGACAGGGAGGUGUCUCUGCCCAGCAUGGAAGGUGGACAUCAGGCCCCGGUGGCCAAGCUGGGCGGUGCAGGGAUGGAGGGGACCUGUCCUAGCUGAGCAAGGAUGUGACUGCCGAAGACAGCAGGAUUCAAAAUGCCCAAGUUCAAGAUGCCAUCCUUAGGUGUCGGCCCAGGCAAGUCCAUCGAGGCCUCGGUGGACGUCUCUGUGCCAAAGAUGGAGACCAACGUGAGCCUCCCACUCCAUGCAGAGGACCUCAAGACCACUGACCUCAGCAUUCCCCCAUCCGCUGACCAGAGUCCAGGCUGUCAGGUGGAUGUGAUGCUACCGGAUGGCCACGUGCCGAGGCCAGACUCGAGGCACCUGCCCAAGGUGGAGAUGCCAAGUUUGAAGAUGCCCAAAGUGGACCUCAAGGGACCCCAGGUGGAUAUCAAGGGCCCAAGCUGGACCUGUAAAGGCCCCAAAGGCGCGGAGAAUUAGCUGACCCCCACGAUGUGGAGAGUGUCUCUGCCCAGCGUAGUGGACCACCAGACCCCAGGAGUCAAGCUGGAUGGCGUGCAGCUGGAGGGACCUGUCCUGGCCGACAGGACUGACAUAAAGACAACCAAAUUCAAAAUGCCCAAGUUCAGAUGCCAUCUUUUCGGACUGUCCGCCCAAGGCAAGUCCAUGGAGGCCUCAGUGGACAUGUCUGCCCCAAAGGUGGAGGCUGACGUGAGCCUCCCAUCCAUUCAAGGGGACCUCAAGACCACGAACCUCAGCAUUCAGCCACCCGCCGACCUGGAGGUCCAGGCUGGCCAAAUGGGCGUUACACUCCCGGAGGACCACCUGCCCGAAGCCAGCCUCAAAGGCACAUGCCCAAGGUACAGAUACAGUUUCAAGAUGCCCAAAGUAGACCUCAAAGGCCCCAGGUGGAUAUCAGACCCCAAGCUGGACCUGAAGCCCCAGGCGGAGGUGACAGCCCCGACAUGGAGUGUCUCUGCAGCGUGAGUGGACAUCCAGGCCCCAGAGGCCAAGCUGGACAGCGCCGCGACUGGAGGGGAACUAUCCCUGGCUGACAAGGAUAUGACCACGAAGACAGCAAGUUCAAAAAUGCCUGAAGUUCAAGAUGCAGUCUUUGGGGUGUCGGCCCCCAGGCAAGUCCGCCGAGGCCUCGGUGGAGCGUAUCCACAGUGCCAAGGUGAGCCAGCAAGGCCUUCCCUCAUGGAGGGACCUCAGCAGACUCCUGACCUCAGCAUUCAGCCCCUUCCUGGCUGACCUGGAGGUCCAGGCUGUCAGGUGGACGUGAAGCUCCCUGAGGACGUGCCCAGUGGGCCCGGCCUCAAAGGGCACCUACCGAAGGUGCAUAUGCCCAGUUUGAAGAUGCCCAAAGUGGACCUCAAGGGCCCCCAGGUGAAUAUCCGGGGAGCCCCAGGGACCUGGGGACCCAAGGUGCAGGUGACGGCCCCUGACGUGGAGGUGUCCGCCAGCAUGGAGGUGGAAAUCCAGGCCCAGGAGCCAAGCUGGAUGAUGCCCAGCUGGAGAAGAACUGUCCUGGCUGACAAGGACGUGACCACCAAACACAGCAAAUUCAAAAUGCCCAAGUUCAAGAUGCCAUCCUUGGGAGGUGUCGGCCCCAGGCAAGUCCUUGAGGCCUCGGUGGGCGUGUCUGUGCCAAAGUGAGGCCGAGCGUGAGCCUCCUCCAUGCAAGGGGACCUCAGCUCCAGCAACCAGAUUCAGCCCCCUUCCGCUGACCUGGAGGUCCAGGCUGUCCAGGUGGGCGUGGCGCUCCCAGAGGCCACAAUGCCCGAAGGAGCCCGACCUCAAAGGCACCUGCCCAAGUGCAGAUGCCCAGUGUCAAGAUGCCCAAAGUGGAGCGUCAAGGGCCCCAAGCUGGACCUAGAAGGCCCCAAGGCGGAAGUGAUGACCCCCGGCGUGGAUGUGUCUCUGCCCAGCGUGGAAAUUGGACAUCAGACCCAGAGCCAAGCUGGAGCGGCACCACGGCUGGGAACUGUCCUGGCUGACAAGGAUGUGACUGCGAAAGACAGCAAGUUCAAAAUGCCCAAGUAGAUGCCUUCCUUCGGAGUGUCGGCCCCAGGCAAGUCCAUCGAGGCCUCGGUGGACGUGUCUGUGCCAAAGGAAUGGAGGCCAACGUGAGCCUCCCUCAGGCAGGGGACCUCAAGACCCGGACCUCCAGCAUUCCCAGCCCCUUCCGCUGACCUGGAGGUCCAGGCUGUCCAGGUGGAUGUGACGCUACCAGAGGACCACGUGCCCGAGGGAGCCAGACUCAAAGGACACCUGCCCAAGGUGGAGAUGCCAAGUUUGAAGAUGCCAGUGGACCUCAAAGGGCCCAGGUGGAUAUCAAGGGCCCCCAAGCUGGACUCUCAAGAAAGGCCCAAGGCGAUGGCCAGCCCCCGAUGUGAAGUGUCUCUGCCCAGCGUGGAGGUGGACAUCCAGGCCCCAAGAGUCAAACUGGAUGGCGUGCGGCUGGAGGACCUGUCCCUGUGACAGGGCGUGACACCAAAGACAGCAGAUUCAAAAUGCCCAAGUUCAAAGAUGCCAUCGUUCGGGCUGUCGCUGAGCAAGUCCAUGGAGGCUUCAGUGGACGUGUCUGCGCCAAAGGUGGACAUCAAGACCACGGACAUAAGCAUUCAGCCCCCUUCCACCGAUCUGGAGGUCCAGGCUGGCCAAGUGGACAUGAUGCUCCCGGAGAACCACACCACCCGAGGAGCGAGCGUCAAAGGCACCUGCAAAGUGGAGAUACCCAGUUUCAAGAUGCCCAAAGUGGACCUCAAGGGCCCCCGGGUGCACAUCAAGGGCCCCAAGCUGGGCCCUGAAGAGGGCUCCAAGGUGGAGAGUGGCCCCGACAUGGGAGUGUCUCUGCCCAGCGUGGAGGGUUGGCGUCAGGCCCAGCCAAGCUGAGGCCGGCAUGGGGCUGGAGAGGACCUGUCCCUGGCCCACAAGGAUGUGACCACCAAAGACAGCAAGUUCAAAAUGCCCAAGUUCAAGAUGCCGUCCUAGGUGUCGGCCCCAGGCAAGUCCAUCGAGGCCUCGAUGGACGUGUCUACCAAGGUGGAGGCCGAACUGAGCCUCCCCUCCCAUUCAGAGGACCUCAAGACCACUGACCUCAGCAUUCCAGCCCCUUCCGCUGACCUGGAGGUCCAGGCUGUCCCGGGUGGACGUGAUGCUCCCAAGGCCACAUGGCCGAGAGGGCCGGCCUCAAGGGCACCUGCCCAGACAAGAAUGCCCAGUUUGAGAAUGCCCAAAGUGGACCUCAAGGGCCCCCAGGUGCACAUCAAGGGCUGGCUGGACCUGAAGGCCCCAGGAGUGGAGGUGAUGGCCCGCGUGGAGGUGUCUCUGCCCACCAGGGUGGAUAUCCAGGCCCCAGCGGCCAAGCAGUGCAGGGAUGGAGGACCUGUCCUAGCUGACAAGCACGUGACCGCAGACGGCAAGUUCAAAAUGCCCAAGUUCAAAGAGAUGCCAUCCUUCCGGGUGUCGGCCCCAGGCAAGCGCCAGGAGCCUCAGUGGGCCGUGUCUGUGCCAAGGUGGAGAGACCGCGUGAGCCUCCCUCAUCUGAGGACCUCCAAGACCACUGACCUCAGCAUUCAGGCCCCUUCCGCUGACCUGGAGGUCCAGGCUGUCAGCCUGGGCGUGGCGCUCCAGCCCGUGCCGAGGCCGGCGUCAAGGCACCUGCCCAAGGUGGAGAUGCCAAGUUUGAAGAUGCCCAAAUUGGACCUCAAAGGCCCCCAGGUGGACAUCAGGGGCCCCACGCUGGACCUGAAGGCCCCAAGGUGGAGGUGACGGCCCCCGGCGGUGAGUGUCUCUCCCAGCAUGGAGGUGGACAUCCAGGCCCAAGUCAAGGUGGACCACACGCAGAUGGAGGACCUGUCUCUGGCCGCCAACAAGGACUUGACUGCAAAAGACAGCAGGAUUCAAAAUCUUGGGGUCAAGAUGCUGUCCUUUGGGGUGUCGGCCCCAGGCAAGUGCCAGGCCACGGUGGGCGUGUCUGCGCCAAGGUGGAGGCCGGGCGUGAGCCUACCCUCCAUGCCAGGGGACCUCAAGACCACUGACCUCAGCAUUUAACAGGCCCCAUCCAGUAGAGCUGGAAGUCCAGAAUGCCAGGUGGACAUGAAGCUCCCGGUGACCCGUGCCCAGGGAGCUGGCCUCAAGGGCACCUGCAAGGUACCGAUGCCCAGUUUCAAGAUGCCCAAAGUGGACCUCAAGGGCCCCAGUGCACAUCAAGGGUCCCAAGCUGGACCUGAAGGCCCAAAGGCAGAGGUGGCGACUGACGUGGAGGUGUCUCUGCCCAGCGUGGAGGUGGAUGUCAGGCCCCAGGAGAGUCAAACUGGAUGGUGAUUGGAGGGACCUGUCCUGGCUGACAAGGACGUGACCGCCAAAGACAGCAAAUUCAAAAUGCCCAAGUUCAAGAUGCCAUGGUGGGCUGCAUCCACCCCAGGCAAGUCCAUGGAGGCCUCAGUUGACCUGUCUGCGCCGAAGGUGGAGGCCGACCUGAGCCUCCCCUCCAUGCAGGAGGACCUCAAGACCACGGACCUCAGCAUUCCAGCCCUAUCCGCUGACCUGGAGAGUCAGGCUGUCCAGGUGGACAUGACACUCCGGAGCCACUUGCCCGAGGGGCGUGAGGCGUCAAAGGCACCACCAAGGUGCAGAUGCAGUUGAAGAUGCCCAAAUGGACCUCAAAGGCCCCGGAGUGGAUAUCAGGGCCCCAAGCUGGACCUGAAAGGCCCCAAGUCGGAGUGUCCGGUUGUAGAGUGUCUCUGCCCAGUGUGAGUGGAAAUCCAGGACCGGGAGGCCAAGCUGGAUGGCGCACGGCUGGAGGACUGUCCCUGGCCGACAGAGCGUGACCACCGACACAGCAAAUUCAAAAUGCAGUUCAAGAUGCCAUCCUUCGGAGUGUCGGCCCCAGAACCGUCCGUGAGCCUCAGUGGGCGUGUCUGUGCGAAGGUGGAGACGAUGUGGGCACUCCCCUCCAUGCAGGGGACCUCAGACCACUGACCUCAGCAUUCAGCCCCUUCCUCCGACCUGGAGGUCCAGGCUGGCCAAGUGGACAUGACACUCCGAGGUGCUUGCCCGAGGCCGAGCGUCAAGAGGCACCUGCCCAAGGUGCAGAUGCCCAGUUUCAAGAUGCCCAAAGUGGACCUCAAACCCCAGGUGGGCGUCCAAAAUUGGGUGGACCUGAAGGAGCCCCAAGGUGGAAGUGACCCCAGCGUGGAUGUGUCUCUGCCCAGCGUGGAGGUGGACAUCAGGUCCCAGAACUAGCUGGAUGGCACACGGCUGGAGGGGGAACUGUCCCGGGCUGACAAGGACGUGGCCGCGAAAGACAGCAAGUUCAAAAUGCCCAAGUUCAAGAUGCCGUCCUUUGGGGUGUCAGCCCCAGGUAAGUCCAUCGAGGCCUCGGUGGACGUGUCUGUGUCAAGGUGGAGGCCAACGUGAGCCUCCCUCAUGCAGGACCUCAAGACCACUGACCUCAGCAUUCAGCCCCCUUCCGCCGAGCUGGAUGUCAGGCUUCAGGUGGACGUGAAGCUUCCUGAGGGCCCGUGCCCGAGGGCUGGCCUCAAGGGCACCUGCCCAAGGUGCAGAUGCCCGUUGAAGAUGCCCAAAGUGGACCUCAGAGCUGAGGUGGAUAUCAAGGUCCCCAAGCUGGACCUGCCCCAAGGCCGAGGUGACAGCCCGGCGGUGGAAGUGUCUCUGCCCAGCGUGGAGGUGGACAUCCAGGCCCUGGGAGCCAAGUUGGAUGAUGCCCAGCUGGAAGGCGGAACUAUCCCUAGCGACAAGGGCGUGACCACCAAACACAGCAAAUUCAAAAUGCCCAAGUUCAAGAUGCCAUCCUUCGGGGUGUCGGCCCCAGGCAAGUCCAUCGAGGCCUUGGUGGGCGUUCCUGCGCCGAAGGUGGAGGCCCGGCGUGAAACCUCCUCCAUGCAGGGGACCUCGAGACCACAGACCUCAGCAUUCAGCCCCCUUCUGCAGCCUGAAGUCCAGGCUGUCAGGUGGAUAUGGCUCCCGGAGGGCCACGCCGAGGCCGCAAGGGCGCCUGCCCAGGUGGAUGCCCAGUUUCAGAUGCCCAAGAGUGGACCUCAGGGCCCCCAGGUGGACGUCAGGGCCCAAGCUGAACCUGAAGGCCCCAAGGCCGAGGUGACCGCUCCCGAGCGUGAGUGUCUCUGCCCAGUGUGGAGUGGACAUCCAGGUCCAGAAGCCAAGCUGAACCACACACGGAUGGAGGAGGACCUGUCUGUAGCCGACAAGGACUUGACCAGCAAAGACAGCAAGUUCAAAUGCCCGUUCAAGAUGCCGUCCUUGGUGUCGGCCACGAGCAAGUCCAUCGAGGCCUCGAUGGGCGUGUCUACCACCAAGGUGGAGGCGAACUGAGCCUCCCCUCCUUCAGGGGACCUCAAGACCACUGACCUCAGCAUUGAGCCCCCAUCCGCUGAGCUGGUCCAGGCUGUCCAAGUGGACGUGAAGCUCCUGGAGAGCCAUGUGCCCGAGCUGGCCUCAAGGAGCACCCUGCCCAAGGUAAUGCCCAGUUUCAAGAUGCCCAAAAGUGGACGUCAAAGGGCCCCAAGCUGGACCUGAAAGGCCCCAAGGCGAGUGAUGACCCCUGGCGUGCUGGGUGUGUCUCUGCCCAGCGUGGAGGUGGACAUCCAGGCCCAGGCCAAGGUGGACGGCACACGGCUGGAGGGGGAACUGUCCCUGGCUGACAAGGAUGUGACUGCGAAAGACAGCAAGUUCAAAAUGCCAAAGUUCAAGAUGCCUUCCUUGGUGUCGGCCCCAGGCAAGUCCAUCGAGGCCUCGGUGGGCGUGUCUGCGCCCAGGUGGGAGGCAGCCGUGAGCCUCGUCUCCAUGCAGGAGGGUCUCAAGACCACGGGACAUAAGCAUUCAGCCCCUUCCGCUGACCUGGAAGUCAGGCUGGCCAAGUGGACAUGGCGCUCCCAGAGUGACCCACCUGCCCGAGGCGGCGUCAAGCACCUGCCAAGGUGGAGAUACUUGAUUUCAAGAUGCCCAAAGUGGACCUCAAGAAUUUGGGUGCACAUCAGGGGUCCCAAGCUGGACCUGCAGGGAGGAGGAGGAGAGAGGCCUAAGGCAGAGUGACGGCCCCCGGCGUGGAAUGUCUCUGCCCAUACGGAGGUGAAUGUCAGGCCCCAGGAGUCAAACUGGAUGAGCGCCACGGCACAGAGGGGACUAUCCACAGCGUGGGGCGUGACCGCCAAGCAGCAAAUUCAAAUGCCCAAGUUCAAGAUGCCAUACGUUCGGAGCUCUCCGCCCCAGGCAAGUCAUAGGCCUCAGUUGACCUGUCUGCGCCCAAGGUGGGAGAGCGGCGUGACCUCCCUCCAUGCAGGGGACCUCACGACUACGGACCUCAGCAUUCAGCCCCCAUCCGCCGACCUGGAAGUCAGGCUGUCCAGUGGACAUGGCGCUCCCAGGGCCACUUGCCCGAGGCCGGCGUCAAGGGCACCUGCCCAGUGCAGAUGCCCAGUUGAAGAUGCCCAAGUGGACCUCAAAGGCCCCCAGGUGGAUAUCAAGGGCCCCAAGCUGGACCUGAAGGCCCCAAGUCGGAGUGUCCGGCCCGCCUUGGAGGUGUCUCUGCCCAGUGUGGAGGUGCAAAUCAGGACCCGGGAGCCAAGCUGGGACGAGGCGCACGGCUGGAGAGAACUGUCCCUGGCAGGCAAGGAUACGGACAAACACAGCAAAUUCAAAAUGCCACCCAAGUUCAAGAUGCCAUCCUUCCAGAGUGUGGCCCCAGGCAAGUCCAUCGAGGCCUCAGUGGGCGUGUCUGUGCCGAGGUGGAGAGUCGAUGUGAGCCUCCCCUCCAUGCAGGGGGAAUUGAAGACCAGUGACCUCAGCAUUCAGCCCCCUUCCGCUGACCUGGAGUCCAGGCUGUCAGGUGGACAUGACCUCCCAGAGGCCCUUGUCGAGGCCGGCGUCAAGAGGCACCUGCCCAAGGUGCAGAUGCCAGUUGAGAAGAUGCCAAAGUGGACCUCAAGGCCCCCAGGUGGGCGUCAAGGCCCCAAGCUGAGACCUGAAGGCCCCAAGGCCGAGAGUGGCGGCCCCACGUGUGAAGUGUCUCUGCCAGCUGUGAAGUGGACAUCACAGCCCCAGAAUGGCUGGAUGCGCCCCAGCUGGAGGAGAACUGUCCCUGGCUGACAGGGCGUGACCGUGAAAGACAGCAAGUUCAAAAUGCCCAAGUUCAAGAUGCCCCGUCCUUUUGGGGUGUCAGCCCCAGACAAGUCCAUCGAGGCCUCGGUGGGCGUGUCUGUGUCAAGGUGGAGGCCAGCGUGAGCCUCCCUCCAUGCGAGGACCUCAGACCACUGACUUCAGCAUUCCAGCCCCUUCCGUGAGCUGGAUGUCCAGGCUGUCCAGGUGGAUGAAGCUUCCUGGGAGCCCACGUGCCCGAGAGGCUAGCCUCAAGGGCACCUGCCCAAGGUGCAGAUGCCAGAGAAGAUGCCCAAAGUGGACCUCAAGGAGCCCCCAUGUAGUCUCAAGGUCCCCAAAGGCGGAAGUAGACCCCCGGCGUGGAUAAUGUCUCUGCCCAGCGUGGAGUGGACAUCCAGGCCCAAGGCCAAGCUGGACAAGCACUUCGGCCUGGAGGAACUGUCCCUGGCUGACAAAGGACUGACCGGGAAAGACCUUAAGUUCAAAAUACCCAAGUUCAAGAUGCGUCCUUUGGGGUGUCCAACGCAGGCAAGUCCAUACGAGGCCUCAAUGGACAUAUCCUACUAAAAGAGUGAAGCCAACGUAGGCCUGCCCUCCACUGCGGGGGACCUCAAGACCACGGACCUCAGCAUUCAGCCCCCUUCUGCGAGCUGGAUACUCCAGGGUCAGGUGGAUGUGAAGCUCCCUGAGGGCCAUGUGCCCGAUGGAGCCAGCCUCAAAGGGCACCUGCCCAAGGUGCAGAUGCCCAGUUUGAAGAUGCCCAAAGUGGACCUCAAGGGCCCCCAGGUGGAUAUCAAGGGCCCCAAGCUGGACCUGAAGGCCCAAGGCCGAGUGGCCUGACUGACGUGGAGAGUGUCUCUGCCCAGCGUGGAGGUGGAUGUAGGCCCAGGAGUCAAACUGGAUGACACGCGGCUGGAGGACCUAUCCCUGGCUGACAGGAGCGUGACCGCCAAAGACAGCAAAUAAAUGCCCAAGUUCAAGAUGCCAUCAUUCGGGCUGUCGCCCCAGGCAGAAUCCAUGGAGGCCUCGGUGGGCGAUGUCUGUGCCGAGGUGGAGGCCGCAUGAGCCUCCUCACGCAGGGACCUCAAGACCACGGACCUCAGCACUCAGCCCUCUUCCACUGAGCUGGAAGUCAGGCUGUCCAGGCACCUGCCCAGAGUGCACCUGCCCAAGGUGCAGAUGCCCAGUUUCAAGAUGCCCAAGGUAGACCUCAAGGGCCCCCAGGUGGAUGUCAAGGGCCCCAAGUUGGACCUGAAAGGCCCCAAGGCAGAGGUGACGGUCCCCGACAUGGAGGUGUCUCUGCCCAGCGUGGAGGUGGAUGUCCAGGCCACGGGAGCCAAGCUGGACACCAGGGGGCUGGAGGGGCACCUGUCCCUGGCUGAAAAGGACGUGACCACUAAAGACAGCAAGUUCAAAAUGCCCAAGUUCAAGAUGCCGUCGUUUGGGGUGUCGGCCCCAGCGAAGUCCAUUGAGGCCUCAGUGGACGUGUCUGUGCCAAAGGUGGAGGCCGACGUGAGCCUCCCCUCCGUGCAGGGCGACCUCAAGACCAGUGACCUGAGCUUUCAGCCCCCUUCCGCUGACCUCGAGGUCCAGGCUGGCCAGGUGGACGUGAAGCUCCUGGAGGGCCACGUGCCCGAGGGAGCCAGCCUCAAAGGGCACCUGCUCAAGCUGCAGAUGCCCAGUUUCAAGGGUCCCCAGGUGGACGUCACGGGCCGCAAGCUGGACCUGAAAAGCCUCAAGGCUGAAGUGAUGGUCCCCGACGUGGAGGUGUCUCUGCCCAGCACGGAGGUGGACAUCCAGGCCCCAGGAGCGAUGUUUCACGGCGCGGGGCUAGAGGGGGACCUGUCCCUGGUCCACGAGGAUUUAGCUGCAAAAGACAGCAAGUUUCAAGUGCAAAAACUGAGCACGUCUGGUGCGGAAUGGUCGUCAAAGAAAAUUUCCAUGUCAUCCUCUGAAAUCAAAGGAAAUGUUACAUUCCGUGAGAAGACUUCAGCAUUUCCCAUUGUGGAGUCUGUUGUUCGUGAAGGUGAUCUUCAUGAUCCAUCACGCGACAGUAACCUGGGGCUUGCUGUUGGAGAAGCUGGAGUGGAUUCGAAGUUUAAGAAACUGCAUUUAAAAAUGCCCAAAGUUUCAUUUUCUUCUGCCAAAACUGCUAAAGAUAGUUUAGUCUCAGGUGCAGAAUCUAGCGUAGGUCUUUCCACGAUUCCCUUAUCUUCAGAAUCCUCAAGUUGUGAAUUACAGCAGGUUUCGGGUGGUUCAGAGCCAUCCAUGCAGAUGCCUGAGGUUGGUUUGACUGGGUUUCCAUCAUCCCGGAUUGAUCUCACUGGUCCUCACUUUGAAUCUUCUAUUCUCUCUCCCUGUGAGGGUGUUACACUUACAAAAUACCAGGUGACCGUUCCCAGAGCUGCCUUGGCCCCUGAGCUUGCUCUGGAAAUUCCUUCUGGGUCUCAGGCUGAGUUUCCUCUUCCCAAGACAGAGUGCUCUGCUGACCUGCAACCUCCAGAGGGAGUUCCAAUAUCUGAAACCGAGAGUCACUCUGGUCCACUGAAUUCCAUGAUUCCUGUUUCUCUUGGUCAGGUGUCUUUUCCUAAAUUCUAUAAACCAAAGUUUGUGUUUUCAGUUCCCCAAAUGUCAGUUCCUGAGGGAGACUUACAUGCAGCAGCGGGUGCCCCAGUCAUGUCUCCUCUUAGCCCUGGAGAGGGAGUGCAGUGCCCCUUGCCAAGCACCCAUCUGCCAUCCCCAGGCACCUCUGUGUCCCAGGGCCCGGAAGAGCUUGUGGCCUCCUUGCAGACAUCAGUAGCGGUCCCCGGAGAAGCCCCUUCUGAAGAUACUGACCACGAAGGGAAAGGGAGUCCCUUCAAAAUGCCUAAGAUUAAGCUUCCAUCAUUUAGGUGGUCCCCGAAGAAGGAAGCAGGGCCAAAGGUGGACCCAGAAUGCAGCGUGGAAGACUCAAAACUCAGCCUGGUUUUAGACAAGGAUGAAGUGGCCCCGCAGUCUGCCAUGCACAUAGAUCUGCCUCCUGAGAGGGAUGGAGAGAAGGAAAGGAGCACAAAGCCUGGCUUCGCCAUGCCAAAACUUGCACUACCCAAAAUGAAGGCUUCUAAGAGUGGGGUCAGCCUGCCACAGAGAGACAUGGAUCCUUCUCUUUCUAGUGUCACAGCAGGGGGUAGCUUUCAAGACACAGAAAAGGCCAGCACUGACGGUGGUGGGGGAGGACUUGGUGCAACAGCAAGUGCCACAGAAGGUAAGGGUGUGAACCUCCCCUGUCCACAGGUCCGCAUUCCCAGUUUGGGCUUUGCCAAACCUGAUCUCAGAUCCUCCAAGGCCAAGGGGCAGGUGAGCCAGUCUGAAGCUGACCUGCCUCUUCCCAAACAUGAUCUGUCUACCGAAGGUGACAGCAGAGGAUGUGGGCUCGUCGAUGUCCCAGCAAGCCAGCCUUGUGGGGAGGGGAUAGCUCCCACACCUGAAGACCCCCUCCAGCCAUCCUGUAGAAAACCAGAUGCUGAAGUCCCCACAGUGGAAAGCCCAGAGGAGGAAGCCAUGACCAGGGACUCGCAGGAAAGCUGGUUUAAAAUGCCCAAGUUCCGCAUGCCCAGCCUUAGGCGCUCUUCCAGGGACAGAGGCGGGGAUGGAAAGCUGGAAGUGGCUCAGACACAGGCACCGGCAGCAACAGGGGAUGAAGCAGCAGCUAGAGUCAAAGAGUUCCUUGUUUCUGGGUCAAACAUGGAGGCAAGUAUGUCCCUACAGCUCCCAGAGGCAGAUGCAGAAGUGACAGCUUCUGAGAGCAAAUCAUCCACAGAUGUUCUAAGGUGUGAUCUUGACAGCACAGGCUUGAAGCUGCACCUUUCCACUGCUGGGAUGACUGGGGAUGAGCUUUCCACUUCUGAGAUCAGGAUCCAUCCAACCAAAGGACCUCUCCCUUUUCAGAUGCCUGGCAUGAGGCUUCCAGAAACCCAGGUUCUUCCAGGAGAAAUAGAUGAGACUCCUCUUUCCAAGCCAGGACAUGACCUUGCCAGCAUGGAGGAUAAAACAGAGACAUGGUCAUCCCAGCCUGAAGGUCCACUUAAACUGAAAGCUUCAAGUACUGAUAUGCCAUCCCAGAUUUCUGUGGUUAAUAUGGAUCAACUGUGGGAAGAUUCUGUACUAACUGUCAAAUUCCCCAAAUUAAAGGUACCGAGGUUCUCCUUCCCUGCCCCCAGCUCAGAGGAUGACGUGUUCAUCCCCACUGUGAGGGAAGUGCAGUGUCCAGAGGCAAAUAUUGACAUAGCCCUUUGUAAGGAAAGUCCAGGGCUCUGGGGAGCCAGCAUCCUGAAGGCAGGUGCUGGGGUCCCCAGGGAGCAGCCUGUGGAGCUUAACCUGCCUUUGGAAGCUUCCCCAAUUUCAAAGGUCAGAGUGCAUAUUCAGGGUGCUCAGGUUGAAAGUCAAGAAGUCACUAUACACAGCAUAGUGACACCAGAGUUUGUAGAUCUCUCAGCACCCAGGGCUUUUUCCACUCAGAUUGUGCGGGAAUCAGAGAUCCCUGCAUCAGAGAUUCAAACACCUUCAUAUGGAUUUUCCUUAUUAAAGGUGAAAAUUCCAGAGCCCCACACACAGGCUAGAGUGUACACAACAGUGACUCAGCACUCUAGGACUCAGGAGGGCGCAGACGAGGCUCCCACACAAGCUGCCCCAGGAGCAGACUCCAUUUCUGGAGAUCUCCAGCCUGACACUGGAGAACCAUUUGAGAUGAUCUCUUCCAGCGUCAAUGUACUGGGACAGCAAACACUCACAUCUGAACUUCCUUCUGGCCAUCAGCUUGCAGACAGCUGUUCAGAUGAGGAGCCAGCAGAAAUUCUUGAGUUUCCCCCUGAUGAUAGCCAAGAGGCAACCACACCACUGGUGGAUGAAGGCAGGGAUCCAAAAGAGAAACCAGAAAGUAAAAAAUCUGGUCUGCUCUGGUUUUGGCUUCCAAAUAUUGGGUUUUCCUCUUCUGUUGAUGAGACAGGUGUCGAUUCCAAAAAUGACAUCCAGAGAUCUGCUCCUAUUCAAUCACAGCCUGAGGCACGAUCAGAGGCAGAACUGCCUAAAAAACAGGAGAAGGCAGGCUGGUUCCGAUUUCCCAAAUUAGGGUUCUCCUCAUCUCCUACCAAGAAAAGCAAAAGCACUGAAGAUGAGGCAGAGCUGGAAGAACAAAAACUUCAAGAAGAAACAAUCACCUUUUUUGAUGCCCGAGAAAGUUUCUCCCCUGAAGAGAAGGAAGAGGGUGAACUGGUCGGGCCUGUGAGCACUGGGCUGGACUCCAGAGUGACAGUGACAUCUGUGGCAAGAACAGAGUUAAUCCUGCUAGAGCAGGACAAAAAAGCUGAUGAUGUAGGCAAAGGCUCAGUCCUGUGACCAAAUGAAGGCUGAGAGGAAUGGCUCAUCAGCAUAAGAGAGAUGCAAAAAACUAAGUUGGAAAGUAAAGGCUACACACACAUAUGGAGCACCCCAUCCCACAGCACAUUACAUCCACCUCACUUCACAGAACUGAGAACAGAGCAGAAAUGACCAGAACACCUUUGUCACCAUCACACUGCCCUCCUAAAAUGGAACCAAAGCUUUGGAUGCAAAGAAGGCACCCUGACUUCCCACAAGACACCAGAAUUCACACGGUACUCAGAGGCAUUGCUGGGAAAGUUUGUUGGUCUUUAUUAGAAAAAUUUCAAGAGACCUGUCCAUAAUACCCAACAGAACAUGAGUGUUUCUUUGAGGUAAGGGUUCUAAUGUCUGUGGUGUAUGAGUAGUUUUUGGUAUAACUUCUUUCCUGCUGCUGCUGCUUCCUGGCAAACAUAGUUUUCCUAUUUCAGGCAGAGUGCGGUAUAUUCCAGGAGACACUGUUUCCUUCUCUCUUAGCUUACUUCUUUGUUGAAUUCUCACUAAUGGCAAGCUUCAAGAUGUUUUGUGUGACAAUACACACAUGCUAGGCAGAAGGGUGAUGGCGUCCAGUGGCUGGCAGCCGGGCCAGCAGAAGCCAGGACAUCUGUGAGUUGUCAUUCUCAUCUAUCCAUGUCCACUUGCUUGCCAGCAUCCACCAGUGCCUUGCCAGCGUGCACGGUCCCACACUGUGGCCCCUGAGUCUCCUAAUGUACAUGCUGCAGCCAGAAUGCAGAUGGAGCUGGCUUGGCUGUUCCCUGGAUGGGCAAUAAAGAAAGUGCUGCAUCCCA